AUGGCCAAGGAUAAGGUCUGUCUGGCGUACUCUGGAGGUUUGGACACCUCUGUCAUUCUCGCAUGGCUCAUUGAGCAGGGCUACGACGUCGUCUGCUUCUUGGCCGAUGUCGGCCAGAACGAGGACUGGAAAGCCGCCGAGGAGAAAGCCCUCAAGAUCGGUGCGACCAAAUUCGUCGUCGAGGACCUGAAGCGCGAAUUUGUCGAGGAGCUCUGCUGGCGCGCUGUCCAGUGCAACGCCAUCCUGGAAGACCGCUACCUGCUCGGCACGUCGCUCGCUCGGCCGGUUAUUGCCCGCGCCCAGAUGCGCGUUGCUCAGCGUGAGGGUUGUGUUGCGGUCAGCCAUGGUUGCACGGGUAAGGGUAACGACCAAGUCCGUUUCGAGUUGGCUUUCUAUGCCAUUCAGCCUUCGAUCAAGGUGAUUGCUCCUUGGCGCAUGCCCGAAUUCUUCAACCGUUUCGCUGGUCGGAACGAUCUGUUGGACUAUGCUGCCAAGGUCGGCAUCCCCGUUACCUCUACCAAGGCCAAGCCUUGGAGUAUUGAUGCCAACUUGGCUCAUACCAGCUAUGAGGCAGGAAUUCUGGAGGACCCCAAUCAGACUCCUCCGGAUGACAUGUGGAGGAUGACCGACUCUCCCCUUAACGCACCCAACACCCCCGAGGACUUUGCUAUCUCUUUCGAGAAGGGCUUGCCUGUCAAGCUGACGCUUGCCUCUGGCGAGACGCUGACUGACUCGCUUGAUAUUUUCACGACUUUGAACGCCAUUGGCCGAAAGCACGGCAUUGGCCGUAUCGACAUUGUCGAGAACCGUUACAUCGGCAUCAAGAGCCGAGGAUGCUACGACUCUCCCGCCAUGACCAUCCUGCGGGCCGCCCACAUCGACCUGGAGGGUCUGGUGCUGGACCGUGAGGUGCGCGCGCUGCGCGACCAGUUCGUCACGUUCAACUGGUCCAAGCUGGUUUACAACGGGCUGUACUUCUCCCCGGAGCGGGAGUUCAUCGAGAAGAGCGUGAUCGCCAGCCAGGAGACGGUGAACGGCACGGUCCGGCUGCGCGCCUACAAGGGCUCUGUCAGCAUCCUGGGCCGCUUCAGCGAGACGGAGAAGCUGUACAGCGCCGAGGAGAGCAGCAUGGACAGCCUGGUGGACUUUAGUCCUGUUGACACGACCGGUUUCAUUGGCAUCUCCAAGAUCCGUCUCGCAAAGUACGGCCAGAGGAAGGCCGAGAUGGGUGAGAGCCUGAGCAGGGCGUAA